GCUAAAUAGUAAGCUCGUUAGAUUAUUAAAGGGUUUCACAAUAAAGUUGAGAGAAGUUAAAGAAAGAGAGAAUGGGUAGGAACAAUACCAGAAUCCUGAUGCAAUUUGCAGCUCUUGCGAUGGUUUUAACCGCUGCAAUAAUGGUGAAAGAGGCUACAAGCAUUCCCAUUUGCAACAUCGAGACAAAUGACUUGGGAAAAUGUGGUCCAGCUUUCACAGGCAACAACCCGCCACCUCCGGGACCUGACUGUUGCGCAGUGGUCAAAGCCGCUAAUCUACAAUGCCUUUGCCCGUACAAGCCUUUUCUCUCCAGGUUUGGGAUUGAUCCAUCUAAAGUCAGGCCUCUUCUUGCCAAUUGUGGUGUAAACACUCCUCCCUCCUGUUUCUAAGCUUGAAGAACUGAGCUGAACUGCUGAAGAGUGAAGACACGCCGGUAUGCGGUAUGCCGCAUACUUUGUCUCGAUCGACCUGAUGUCUCUUAAGUUAUAAUAUGUCUUUUCGUGUUCUAAUUCGAAUAAAUCACCAACUUGCAAUAUGUUUACAUGACUCGGAGCAAAGUAAAUAAAGAGUUGGUAGUUGG